AACUGCAUUAUGUAAUUAAGAUGAUUGCUAUCUGAUAAGAAAUAACGGAAAGAAAAGUAAAGGAAAAAUAUCCUUAAGUCACAGACGAAUUCAAGAGAUCGAACGUGGCGAGAAUAUGUAAACAACCUCGGAGGUGUUAAAGCUACGGAGGCUGGGAACUUCGUGUUCUCCAGAAAGGAACAAGAACACUCGCAAUUAUCAACAUUUGUUAUUUAAACAGAAACUAACGUAGAUAUUAGACUGUGCUUAAUGUUUCAAUGCAUGACGAGAAUGGGAACCACGGUUGUUACUAUGCAUUUAUACAUGCGCGCGUGAGCUUUCUGAUGGCGCGUGUGUGAGCGUUGCGAUGUUGGCAGGGUUCAGGAGUUGGUAGUGCAGAAGCGGAAAAACAAGAAUCAAAGAGUAAAUCGCUAUUUAAGAUUAAAAAAAAGAAAUACGAGGUAGAAAUUCAUGAUAACUUAUCGUCUGGUCGGACGACGGGUGGAAGUGUAGGCGUCGCGAGUGGCCGCAGAACACUCGAGGAUGACCAGCAUUCAAGGCCUCCCCCCAUUGCCCAAGAGCCUGAGCGGGCUCAUCAACUUCGCGGGGCGGAGAGACGGAGGAGCAGGGAUGAUGAAUAACAAGGACGGAGGGGGAGGCGGGGGCAUGGGCAUGUCCCCGGGAGGAGGCGGAGAUCGGUACAGUCCGCCAGCUAGAGCGGACUCCCGUACGGAGUCGCGGAUGGACUCGCGGCCGGAGUCAGCGCGCUCGCACUACUCCGGCGUGGGCUACGGCGCCAGUGCCUUCGAGCCGUACUACGCCAACGGCACCGCAGCACAGCAUGGCGACGGCCGUGGCUUCUCCCCGCGGUCCUCCCCGCGCAGCCACUCGUCCUCCCCGCGGAACCAGCACCACAGCGGCGGCAGCUCAUCGGGGGGUAGCAGGACGCAGACGCACAGCCCUCGAGGAAGUCCCCCGGUGCCCGGCUCCAUCACGGGCGUCAUGAACCCCAGGGUGAGCCCCGCCCAUGGGGGUGGCGGGGGAGGAGGGGGUGGCGGGGGGUCCACCAGGCACCACCAUCGCAGACCGUCCACGCUCGAUUCUCAGCUGGCUGUUCUCAGGAAGGAAAUGGUUGGGUUACGUCAACUGGAUAUGUCACUUCUUUGUCAGUUGUGGUCCCUCAAUGAGUCAAUUCAAGAAUUCAAACAAUUGAUCAAUGAACGAGCAGCAACUGGCCUGGAUUGGGGUGGUGGAGAUACCUCUGCUGAAGACACAGAUGAUUACUAUGGAAUUCCUAUACGACGACCAAAUCCUUACCUCCAUCCCGUGCCAGAGCAGUACCCACAGUUGUCACCGUCUUCCUCAGAAUCCAGCUUAGAGUAUGGCAAUAUUUAGAAAUGAAACUGUGAUUUGUCAAUUUUGCUGUUGACAUAAACUCAAUGCAUUUAUUUAUGUCAUUCUUAAGCAUUACCACUUGCACUGGUAGGAAUAUGAUAGGCAGUAUAACAAAUCAUGAAAUAUGUUGAGGCAGGCCUCAAGAUAUAUACAGAAAAUUGAGAAUGGCAAUUUAUAGAUGGACAUUGGAUUUUUUUUCUAAUUUCUAUUUUGUGUUACUAUUUUUUGUUUCUGCCAGUGAGAUGAAAAGAGAGGUAUCUACUCAACAACUCCUGAACCCUGUCAACUCCUUUUAAGAAGUCAUAUUUUUGUAUCAUACUGACCAUAGCACAGUAAUUUUUCCAUGAGACUGAAAAGGAAAGGUAUACAUAGAGAGAGAUUUAUACACAUUCCUUUUUUCAAUAUUUAACAGUAUCAGUAAUUUCUAAUAUCAGAUAGUGCUUUGAGGUAAUCAGACAUUUUCCUUAAAACAAGUCUUGAGACCAGACCAUGGAGAGCAGGACACGACACAUUCCCUCAUGGUUGGAAAACCCAGUGAGGAAGGUUCCACCUCGCAAGAAGGGGAAACUGACUUUCGUGUCGCCUCCACGGACAGUUGUGUAUGUCAUGUCCCCUCAAGAGCUUGAAGAGGCUGCUGUAGCAUAUCUGGCAGGAGAGACUUGUGCAGAGGACUGUGCUGUUGCAGGGAGUUCCACAAAUCAGGUUGAUAAAGCAAAUGAGCUUAGAUGUAGGUCAGAGAAUACAUCUGACUAGGAUUGAUUUGUGAUAUUUUUUUUCCCUUUUAUCUUCUCUCCAAUUUUACCACAGGUAUAAUUUUUACUAAUUAUUAAGGUAAGUAGUACAGAUAUUCACAUAUAUAAUUGAUUAUAUUUCAGUUGUGAGGAUUGGGUAAUACAUUUCUUGGGUGAUCAGUGAUGAUCAUGAGAAGUUCUAAUUUAGUGGGUAUUGCAUUAUACAGUGGUUUACCCAUUUUGUAUUAAUAUUUAAAUUUCAUUGUUUCAUGAUGACUGAGAUUAUUAAUUGCUCAAAGUUGGUAUUUUAUGAAAAUGUGUUAUAUUUUAUGGGAAUAAUGCAAUUAGCUCUGUUUCUUGUGUUUUAAGUCACAGCUCUUAUGGUUGCAUUUAUAUUUUGCAUUAUGUCUGCAAUAUUAAAUAGUACAUAGUUUAAUAGAUGGAAGUGCAAUUUUGCAUUUUUUUAUGGUUGUACUCCUAAUUUUUAUUCCAUUUUGGGGGAUAAUUCUUACAUAGAAUGAUAGCACAUUGUGAACAAUGUUAGUAUGAAGUUCCGUGAUAAGUGAAACAUUAUGCUAGGUGUAGGUAGUGUGAGCAUGAGGUCAAUAUGACAUAGAAGUCCUUAGCACUCAUAAAGGAGUAAUUGCAAAUGCUGGUAAGUCUUUUAAGUUAACAAGGAAAUUAUUUCCUAAGACAGCUGUGCAGUAUUUUACAUGAUGUUCCUUAUGUGUAGUUGUGCCAUAGGUACAUUUUUCUUCUCUAUGGUGAGAGUAGAUAUUAUUUAUUUUUGUAGUGGAAUAAAGACUGUCUUCAAAAACAAACAAAAUCAAAGAUUUUGAAUCUAGACAGUUGAAAUGACAUAAUUAAUUUUCUUUUUAAUUGUAAUGAAUGGUAAAUCAUUGUUUCUGUAUAUAACCACAGGUUUCUUCAUAUAUGAAUUGUUUUGUGAAAUUAUAUCUUCAUGUAUGUAUCCCUCUUUUCCUAACAGUUCAAAGUCACAAUAUAAGCAUUCCAAAAUAAUGAACAUAUCCUCCUAAGCUUAGUAUAUUCGAGACAGAUGCCAAGGAAUAGAUCUGAACCCUUUUAUUUAUACUGCUCUCUGCUCUUCUUUUAAACUUUGACUGUAUUAUUAAUAUAGACUUAUACCUCAGUAACUGAAUGCUAAGGAAACCAUGAUAAAAAUAUACAGUAGGUAAACUCCAGAGACUGUAUGGAUUGCACAUAGUAUUAUUAUUUUGAGAGUAUUGAUGGUAUCCUUAUUUAUGGUGCAGUGGUUACUUUUCUCCUUUUUUGAAAAUGUAAGUGGUACACAGUUCAACUUUUUGUAAGUGGCAAGUUAUUUACAAAGUUGCAAUGUAUUUUAAAGUGAAACUAAUGGUUGCUAAGUUUUAUUAUAAAAAAAUAUUUGGUGUCAUUUUGUAUCUGUAUGAGUUUGUAUUAUUUGUGAAUGUGAUUGUGAGUGAGUGAAUGUUAUAAGUGAGUAUGGGUGUAAGUAAGUGUAAAUGUAAGUUUGUGGGUGAUUGAAUGAAAUAAUGCGAAUGUAUACUGGAUUUGCAAUUGAGGGUGUGCAUCAGUGCAUCUGUAGAGCUCAUGUUACAAAGAUGUGAGAGAUCUGUACUUACUGUAAUCCGUUAUGAUAAUCAGAAAAGGGCAUAAAUGUAUACUGCUCUUAUGUGUUACUUCUGUUUUAUUUUUAAAUGGAAAUUGGCAGCCUUAUUGUUUUAUUUAUUUUCAAAUUAUUACUUUUGUAAUGAUAUGAAAGGGUAGCUGUUCUUUUUUCUCUGUAGUGGCUGCUGUUUGCUAUUUUUAAAACUAGAAAAUGGACAUGUGAUAUUUCCUUUCACAAAGAAAAUGGGUACAUUCCAAAAUAACAUGAUAUAAUUUAAGUAGGCAUUGAGAGAAUUUCCAUAUUUCAUUUAUUGCUUUUUGUUUACUCAAGAAUGUUGACACUAUUAAUAUGAAUUUAACGAAAAUGAGCCACAAAUACCAUUUGGGAAUGUGAAUUAUUAGUUCAUAAAUGUAAUUAUUAUUUUUUUUUUUUAUUAUUAUCUUUUUUAUUAUCUUUUUAAUCACAUUUGUGGCAUGAGGACAAUUGUCUGAAUAUUCUUUUAUUUUCAGUAUUUUAUACAUAUAUGUUGGGUCAUGUACAACUUUAGUGCACUUGAGAAAAAAAAAACUGACAUUUUUGUCUUAAGAGGUGAGAAUGAUUUUUAUUAUUUUUAGUAAUGGUUGCAAUAUUUAAUGACAUACCAUUAAUUUAUGGUUUAACAUUUAUUUUUUUUCGUAUUUUAGUUACACGUUUGUGCAUCUGAUACAGUGAUUCACAUGUAUUGGUGUUUAGUGAAACAGGAUUGGCUAAUUUAUUAUUAGUGAAAAUAAAUUAUUAACCUAGAAUGUUUUCCAUACUUAAUUAGUUUUUAAAAAUAUUAAAAUAAGAUGUUUAAGAUAUUGACCUCAACUGUAUUGGCAAUGACUGAAGAAAUCUUGCUCUCUCUUUGCACAGAAUUGGUAAGCUAAGUUACCUUCAUUAGUGCAGGCCAUAGUUGGCCUGCUACAAUGGUGUUAAAUGUGGUUGGGUUAUAUGCGAGUGAUAAAGAACAAAGGAGAGAGUUGUGUCGCACGAUUAUAUGUAAAAGCCUCAAAGUGCUAAAUGAAGCUUAGCAUGUAAGCUCCUUUUUAUUAAUAAAAAAUGAAUUGUGA